UACCUCCAUCAUCAAUUUCUAUUCCUGAGUGAAAACAACCUUCAAGCAUUGGCUCAAACAGUGUAACUUUGUUUUUCAUCAAUUUUUCAUUACAUCUAAAUCUUCUCUUACCAUGAUCUCUGUGGGAUCUUGCAAUACUAUUAUAAAGAAGAGAUGUCCCAUCAGCAAAAGACCUGAGGUUCAAAAAGAGGCAGCAUUCUCAUAAUACUCCAAAAUCCGACUGAAGUUCCUUUGCAAAUUAAAAAAGGUCCUUCUUAGAGAAGCCAAAAGAUACAGCUGUUUGGGGGAAGUUUGGGGUGAAUUCCAUCAUUCCGGGACCGUAGCUUCGCCUCUCGGAAGGCCGCAGUGGAUGGGCAGGCCAAAGCUCGGCAAGGGUUAAACGGGUGAUGUAAAUGGAGAGAGACAUUCUUAGUGAAAACAAAGAGAGAGUCAUGCCCUGAGGAGCACUGGCUGAAUAUGGGGACAAAAGGACUCCUGACAAACUCAUGGUAGCAAGGUGUCAAGCCCCCUUCCUGGGAUGUGUUUCUUCCGGAAGAAAAGAGAUCACUACCUUUUUUUAUGGAUGUCACUGAAAUAGACUUUGAGGUUCUUCGGAAGCACAUCACAAACCUGGCAUGGGAAACCACAGCAACAAUCAUACCUGUUUGACAGAUGAUUCCUUUAAGUACAACCUGUAUGGAGCUGUGUACAGCGUGGUCUUCAUCCUCGGUUUGAUUACUAACUGUGCCUCUCUCUUUGUUUUCUGCUGCCGUAUGAAAAUGCGAAGCGAAACAGCCAUUUUCAUGACAAACCUGGCUGUUUCAGACUUGCUGUUUGUGUUCACCUUGCCUUUUAAAAUUUUUUAUAAUUUCAACCGGCAUUGGCCUUUUGGAGACAGUCUAUGCAAGAUUUCCGGUACAGCAUUUCUCACUAACAUCUACGGGAGCAUGCUGUUCCUCACCUGCAUUAGCGUUGACCGUUUCCUUGCUAUCGUCUAUCCAUUCCGAUCUCGUACCAUUAGGACCAGGAGAAAUUCAGCCAUAGUAUGUGCUGGUGUUUGGAUACUGGUCCUCAGUGGUGGAAUUUCAGCUUCAUUGUUCUCCACAACCAAUAUCUCUAACACCAGCACAACCUGCUUUGAAGGUUUCUCCAAACGUAUCUGGAAAACCUACUUGUCCAAGAUCACUAUAUUUAUUGAAGUGGUGGGAUUCAUAAUUCCUUUGCUACUCAACCUUACGUGCUCUUCUUUAGUACUCAGGACUCUUCGGAAACCUGCCACCUUGUCUCAGAUUGGGACAAACAAAGAGAAAGUACUGAAAAUGAUCAUUGUGCACGUGGCCAUUUUUGUUGUGUGCUUUGUGCCUUACAAUUCCAUACUCUUCUUGUACGCUCUUGUGCGGUCCCAAGCAAUAGCAAAUUGCUCCUUGGAGAGAUUUGCCAGGACAAUGUACCCGAUCACGUUGUGCAUUGCAACAAUGAACUGCUGCUUUGACCCAUUCAUCUAUUACUUCACAUCAGAAUCCUUCCAGAAGUCUUUCAACAUAAAAACCCAGAUAAAAAUGGAUUCUCUUUUCAAGACUGAAACACCUCUAACAAAGACUGCACUACCAGCGCCACGGGACGAAAUAAGUGACCAGGCUAUUACGAAUGGGGGAGAUCCGACAUCUGAAUCACAUUUCUAGUGACUUGUUUACACAUGGAGUUAACCUCCACUCAUUUCUUCAUUAACACCAUGCACAAAAUAGUUCUUUCAGAAUGUGGCUUCACACAUGGUGCUACUGAAGAAAAGUUAAUGGGGGAAAACUACACGAGUGGGCAAACGCUCGCUCACGAUGGGAUUGCUCCAUCAGAUGCAACAAGCAUCUCCAUUUCAGAACAUGAGAUAUAAUAAUCCAGAUGGAUCUCUCUGGAGAUUAUGAAUGGGUGACAACAUACACACCAACUAAGGAGGGAAUGGAACAGAUUCUUUAAUCACAAGAGGCCAACAUUUGGCAUUUUUUCCAGCAUUUGACUUGGAACCAGUUGGGAAAUAUAGAAUUUAAUUUUCUUAGAGAUAUCUGCCAAUAUUUCAUGUCUUCUGGAGAUGAAUCACCAUAUGUUAACUCAAUAACUUCACACAAUAUGUAUGUUUGCUUAAAAAAGGUGUAAUAAAAGCUUUGGCUUUUUUUUAUUUCACUGCAAGAGUACACAUCCUGGUUUUAGUAGAUACAGGCAUUUUAAAUUUAUUGUUUGGAGAGGUUUGGAGUGUAAAUAAUUCUGUUUUGAAAAGAAGGCAAAACAGUUGCUUGCUGAUAUGAACGAAAAUUCAGAAGAAAAAAGAAUAAUUAAUGAAGCAAUUUUGAACUGAGUUUCAUUCUUGUACGAUUAAGCUGCCUUUAUUUUAAAAGCCAUCUCUAGGGAGAAGUAAAGAGUGCAUUACGGCUCUUUUGCACCUGGGUUUUUAUAUCCCAGGAGAUUAUAUGUGGCUAUUUCUGGUAAGGGCUGGACUAUAAAGUCAGCUAAAGAGAGAGCCUGAAACCCCAGAGCUCUUUCUAGGCCAAAUCUCUUAUAUGGAACUGUACGCAACUGAAGGACUGAAGAACCACAGUGUGCUGAUCUUGCUAAAGUACUUGUUUGGAUAUAGACAACUGGUGUCAUAUUAGCAGAAUUAAUCUUCUGCCAAUUAGCAGAAGAUCUUGUAAGUGAUUGUUUGCCUUUUUUUUUUGGCGCUACACAGUCAACUAAUUAAGCUAGAGGUCUGAAAGAAAUUCUGAAAGAGGAAUAAGUAAAACAAGUUAGCUGCACUGUUUUCCUAGUCAAGUCAUAGCAAUGUGUUUUCUUGUUUUGCAAUUAAUUUAUUACGUCCUGCACUUCCUUUUAUAGAUAUAGAUUAUAUAUGUAAAGUUAACUAUCUGUAUGCUGUUACGUUUUACUGAGUGGUUCAUUCCUGCAGCCUUUGUAGGGACAGAAGCUAUACUGACCUUAACUGGCUGAUUCAUUCUUCCGUGUAAGACAUGUAAAUGAGGUAACCAAGUUAACAUGGAAAUGAAUGAAGUUACUGCUUGUUACAUCGGUGAUAUACAUUUUCUGCUGGACAGCAUAAAGCUGCUUCUAGGGCUAUAUCGGCAAUAAAAGACAGACAAAAAAUGGAACAGAUGCCUUCUGCUCAACCACUUAUCUUAAUUCUCUCAGAUCAAAUCUCAUGAAAUACUGAGUGCUA